AAAGCAGUUGUGCACUCUAGGAAGGAACCUUUUGAUAGGCAACUUUAUAGGGGUUCUUUAGAGUGAGGAGCUGGGAUAUGCCUUUUAGAGGAUACUAUUCAUCAACAUCAACAUCUGCAGCUAUAUUGAAGGCCUAGUAAGGGGUCUGAAAUUGAGGCUUAAACAUACUUCUCAGUGUUUAUGUUAUUUGUUUACAUUUGGUGUUCCUUUACGUGUGGGUAAAAGAUAUAAAUAGGUCAGCUUUUGUUUGGUUUUUGAAGGUUAGCCCACUCCCCUUUCUUCAAAGUUUCACAAUUUACUUGGUUUACAGGCUUGUAGGAAACGAUUACUACAUUUUUACUGGAAAUACUAUUAUUCAUUUUAAUUUCGGCAUACUAUACUGCUUUCUUAGUAUGAUCAAAUUAGGCUGCACACACCCACUUGGAGACUGGUGCUCUAGAUAGGCCAUUCCUCCUGCAGAAGAGCCAGCCAUGGAGACAGCUGGAGGACAGUUGGUAAAAGGGGGCUAAAGAGCUGAAGGAGAGCUACUUUCCCCAAAAUCGGUUUCUUUACUACAGGACUUCUCAGAACCUUUAAUAUGCUAAUGUGCAUUGUGAAUCUCCAAGAGGGGGAUAUGAUAUGCAGCAUUCUUGAAUACUUCUAAUGACAGGGAGCUCACUACCUCAUAAGCUGCAUCAAGAAGAAGAGUUUGUUAUUUUAAACAGAGGCUGAAGAACUAUAGAAUUAGCAGACAUAAGAGAAAGUGUGGAGAAGGUAGAGAAUGGAGUUGCAGACUCUACAGGAGGCUCUUAAAGUGGAAAUUCAGGUUCACCAGAAACUGGUUGCUCAAAUGAAGCAGGAUCCACAGAUAUUUUUUCUUUCCAAUCAGAAUGCUGACUUAAAGAAACAGCUUCAUGAACUCCAAGCCAAAAUCACAGCUUUGAGUGAGAAACAGAAAAGAGUAGUUGAACAACUACGGAAGAACCUGAUAGUAAAGCAAGAACAACCAGACAAGUUCCAAAUACAGCCAUUGCCACAAUCUGAAAACAAACUACAAACAGCACAGCAGCAGCCACUACAGCAACUACAGCAACAACAGCAGUACCACCACCACCACGCCCAGCAGCCAGCUGCACCCUCUCCCAGCUUGACUGCUUCACAGAAGACUGUAACUACAGCUUCUAUGAUUACCACAAAGACACUACCUCUCGUCUUGAAAGCAGCAACUGCGACCAUGCCUGCCUCUGUUGUGGGCCAGAGACCUACCAUUGCUAUGGUGACUGCCAUCAACAGUCAGAAGGCUGUGCUCAGCACUGAUGUGCAGAACACACCAGUCAACCUCCAGACGUCUAGUAAGGUCACUGGGCCUGGGGCAGAGGCUGUCCAAAUUGUGGCAAAAAACACAGUCACUCUGCAGGUUCAAGCCACACCUCCUCAGCCCAUCAAAGUACCGCAGUUUAUUCCUCCUCCCAGACUCACUCCACGUCCAAACUUUCUCCCACAGGUUCGACCCAAGCCUGUGGCUCAGAAUAACAUUCCUAUCGCCCCAGCACCUCCUCCCAUGCUUGCAGCUCCUCAACUUAUCCAGAGGCCUGUCAUGCUGACCAAGUUUACCCCGACAACCCUCCCCACAUCCCAGAACUCCAUUCACCCUGUCCGUGUUGUCAAUGGGCAGACCGCAACCAUAGCCAAAACGUUCCCCAUGGCCCAGCUCACCAGCAUUGUGAUAGCUACUCCAGGGACCAGACUCGCUGGACCUCAAACUGUACAGCUUAGCAAGCCAAGCCUUGAAAAACAGACAGUUAAAUCCCACACAGAAACAGAUGAAAAACAAACAGAGAGCCGUACCAUCACCCCACCUGCUGCACCCAAACCAAAACGGGAAGAGAACCCUCAGAAACUUGCCUUCAUGGUGUCUCUAGGGUUGGUAACACAUGACCAUCUAGAAGAAAUCCAAAGCAAGAGGCAAGAGCGAAAAAGAAGAACAACAGCAAAUCCAGUAUACAGUGGAGCAGUCUUUGAACCAGAGCGUAAGAAGAGUGCCGUCACAUACCUAAACAGCACAAUGCAUCCUGGGACCCGGAAGAGAGGUCGUCCUCCAAAAUACAAUGCAGUGCUGGGGUUUGGAGCCCUUACCCCAACAUCCCCCCCAUCCAGUCAUCCCGACUCCCCUGAAAGUGAAAAGACAGAGACCACAUUCACUUUCCCUGCACCUGUGCAGCCUGUGUCCCUGCCCAGCCCCACCUCCACAGACGGUGAUAUCCAUGAGGAUUUUUGCAGUGUUUGCAGAAAAAGUGGCCAGUUGCUGAUGUGCGACACAUGUUCCCGUGUGUAUCACCUGGACUGCUUAGACCCACCUCUGAAAACAAUUCCCAAGGGCAUGUGGAUCUGUCCAAGAUGUCAGGACCAGAUGCUGAAGAAGGAAGAAGCAAUUCCAUGGCCCGGAACUUUAGCAAUUGUUCAUUCCUAUAUUGCCUACAAAGCAGCUAAAGAAGAAGAGAAACAGAAAUUACUUAAAUGGAGUUCAGAUUUAAAACAAGAACGAGAACAAUUAGAGCAGAAGGUGAAACAACUCAGCAAUUCUAUAAGUAAAUGCAUGGAAAUGAAGAACGCCAUCCUCGCCCGGCAGAAGGAGAUGCACAGCUCCCUGGAGAAGGUAAAACAGCUGAUCCGCCUCAUCCACGGCAUCGACCUCUCCAGACCUGUGGACUCUGAGGCCGCUGUGGGGGCCAUCUCCAAUGGCCCGGACUGCACCCCCCCUGCCAGCGCCACCACCUCCACACCGGCCCCUUCCCCCUCUCAGAGCUGCACAGCGAACUGUAGCCAGGGGGAAGAGACUAAAUAACAGAGCCCUCACGGAGAAGCCACGGGAUCCCGGCGGCAAGGAGAAAAACAACACUGAAGACUCUAGAAAAGCAAAGCCGGAUUUCUUCUGGAAAGUACAGGAUUCUUUUGGUUCUUUGGUUCCAGAGAGAGGGAAGAUGCUUGUGCCAGGUGGCACCCAAGUUUGCCAAUUGAUCCUUCUUAUUCUGUGUGUACACGCGAAGAUUGGACCACGUUACAUGAAAUAGUGCCAGCUGGAGGUUCUUUGCCAGCACCAUGCCAAGUGAAAUAAUAUAUUUACUCUCUCUAUUAUACACCAGUGUGUGCCUGCAGCAGCCUCCACAGCCACGAUGGGUUUGUUUUUGUUUUGUUGGGUGGGGAGCAGGGAUGGGCGGAGGGAGGAGAGCAGGUUUCAGAUCCUUAUUUGCCGAGCCGUUUGUCUAGGUAGAGAAGACAAGUCCAAAGAGUGUGUGGGCUUUCCUGUUUCUAAACUUUCACUACUAUCAAACCAAAAAAAUGGAAAUCGAGAUUUAACCAACCCAGUGCCCAGAAAAGGGAAGGGGGAGGGGCCGGGAGGGAGCAAGGGGUGGGAAAGUAUAUCAGAUUAGCAGUAUUUAACUUUGUCUGGGGGGCUAGUGAAGGAGAGACAGACGCCAAGCAGCCACUGGCUCCCCUCCCAGCCCGCUCCUGCGCUCCCCCCCCCACUCCCUCCUCCCUGCCUGGUGCAUCCACAUCCCACGGGCGGGCGACCCCCUCAGUCCCUCUGGAGACCAAGGCAAGCCCAGCCAGGGGCAUGCUGACCUUGCCCGAGGCAGGGAAGAAGGGUGUGUGUGUGGUCCAGAGAAGAAAAAAAGGUGAAUCAGUGAUUUUACUUGAAAACAAGCUCCAUCCCUUUUCUAUAUUUAUGAGAAGAGCAGAUCCUGAGUGAAGCAGCACGCGACCCAGGUGUGUGAGAAUCCAAUGGAGACAUUUCUUUCCUCUUUUUUUUAAUUUUUUUAUUUUGUUCUUUUUUCCCUUAAACAAAGUUUUAUUUUGUUGUUUAUUUUACUUUUUUGUAACAAAAACUAAAAUAAGAAAUAGAAAAGCUGUUUUUCAGGCUGACAGUCCAAUUAAGGGUAGUCGAGACCUUGCAUGGUAGAAUAGGAACCAUAGUGUCGGUGAGGUCCUGUGAGUCUGUGUGAGUCCUUGUGUCAUCGUUCGGGCACUGUUUUUUUAUGCAAGGGCAAAAAUCUUUGUAUCUGGGGAAAACAACAACAACUUUUUUUAAAAUUAAAAAGGAAAAUAAAAGAUAUUGAGGUCUUCCUAGUGUUACUUAAAUUAAGAUCAAGGUAAGAAACAUUGUAAAAAAAAAUUACAAAAGUGCUAUUUGUUUCCUAAAAACAGUGAUUUCUAUUAAAAAGGUGUCAGAACUGGAGAAACGCCGUGUAGUUAUAAUUUUUUAGCACAGAACCUGCUGAUCAUUAUGACAUUUUGCUGUGUUUGUGUCUCUAGACUGGUGGCCAGUCUCCAUGAAGGGCUGGGUGGGGCUUUCCCCACCCGCUUCCCCUUCUCAGAAAAGACUGUCCUCUCUUCCUGGUGCAGGGUCUUGUCUCCUGUUUCUGAAGCGCAGAUGGAGUAUGCAUGGUGUAGGCCCUUCCCAUGGUCUCCUCGGAUUUCGCUAGAGCACAGGCUGGUGCCUAACAAGACCUCUUCCUUUGGUGCUGCUCUCAGUCUUUCAGCCACCAGCAUUACGAGUGCCUGGGGGGCACCUCUGAGGGGAAAGGCCAUUGAGGCUCCUUGGUACCCCUGUACUCUGGCCUCAGGAAGGGUACAGGGGUGCAGGCUGGCUGCAUCAGCCCUUGGUGCUUAGAGAGAACAAAGGAGGAGGGAGAUGUCUUGUGGGAGCAUGUGUCUCUGAGACAGAACCCGAUGGCCUUCAAGUCUGUCUUGCUUUUGAAGAGAGGUCUGAAGCUCCAGCCACUUCCUCUGCCUGCUGGCUCCAGGCACCAGACAGUUUGCUCCACUCCCCCCACCCACAAGCCUCCUGGGUGACCCUGGGCUAGAAUCGCUGUGCUCACUUUGCUUGGCCUGUUGUGUCCUCUCUUUCUUGGAAAACCAGCUCUCUGAAAGACUGAGAUCAUCUCUCUCAUCAUGCCGGUGAGAAAUUGUGUAUGCAUGCUUUUUCUGAAGACCUUUGUCUCUGGUGUGUCCCAAGCUUAAGGGACAGAGGCAGAAGCUCUGCCCUGACCCUGCAACAGUCUCUCCUGAGCCCACCCCAGACCUUGUGAUGCUGGAGGUCUAGGAGUGGCAGAAAAGGCCCUUUUCACUUCUCCCUCACCUAGCUGGGCCCAGAGAGACAGAGUUAGAUCCUGAAAGCCAAGGGCAGCAGAGAAGAGAUGCUUCUUAGAGUGAAUUUGAGUCUCAUCCAUACCAGCCACUUCAUUCAUCCUUCCAGGGUGUCAGGAGAGGAAACUGUCCAACUGCAAGGUCUCAGGGUCAGGCCUUGGCUGCCAGGUUGGUUGAGGGAAACAGAGAAGAGCCCCCUUUUCAUGCAGAAAUCAAGGUGCUAUGUCUAGUCAGGGAGCUUUGAAGCUGCCUGGACUAGUUGGAGGAAUCCUUGGCGGAGGAUCAGAGACUAGCGGUAGGCUAUCCGCCCUGCCUCGGCUCUCCCACUCGACUUGUCGAGGCCCAUUUCCUUUUGUGGAAAGCACUUGGGAAGUCAUCAUUACGUUGUUUUGAGGAGAGCUGCCUGAGGAAUCACAGGCCAAGGGGCCAGGCCAAGAACUGACCAGUGUUUUGCCUGCUGCUGUGAUCAGUGUCGCCUACUUUCUGACCUCACCUUAAAGCUGGGAGGUGGCUUUUUCCUGGAGUUCAGUGGGUCAGCUGUGUAGUACAGAACGCAACCUGCCACAGCCUCCAUUCUGGUCUCAAACUCCCAAAUGCUGCUGAACUGAAAGGGUCUGGUCACUCGGUCUUCAGAGUCAUGCCAAGGAAAGAGCUCCUCUCUGUCCCCCAGACAGAGGUGCCCAUGACCACCUGGGACAUACCAGCCCCAUCUGAGCUGUUCUGCCUCCUCCUCCUUCCUCUGCUUCUCCUGGCCCAGCAUUUAGCUGCUCUGACAUCCACAUAGUGCCCAGCUAGCUUUACAGUCACAUCAGAGGGCUCUGGCCUGGGGUUUCCUGUCCCUGACCAGCCGCAGUCCUGGAGGCAGUGAGGUCAUGCUGCUGCUUCCCCACCUUUUGCAUUCUUGGGGCCUGCAGGUCCUUUUGCUUUCUGAAGCCUGCUGGGUCUUGUCUGGCCUGGGUGAGCUCAUCCAGCUCCAAGUUCUUCCUUCCUUAUCAGGCCCUUUGGGGCAAGCUGCUGGUGGCGCCUGACCAGAGGACUCAGCUAGGGACGGGCCCUGGGAGGGCCGUGCCUGUGUGAGGGUUGUCUCUGGAGCCUGGGAUGUGCCCAGGGCACCUGCAGAGGUCACCAUCUGGGUGCCCACUUCCCUGCAGGCCUGCCCCUGUCUCUGCUGCUGCUUGGUCCAGGCAGGAGGUAGUAUGAACUGGUGCACUUGGCUCACGGCGCCUCCCCAGAGUGCCAUCUUGCCAGACACCUCAGACUCCACGGUCAGCUAGCUGCCUCUGCGCCACCCCUGAUGCUUCCUCUCUCCAGCCCUUUGGGCUCUCAUCACUAAGGCCGCUGCUCACACACUCUUAAGUGGUCUCUUACCUUCUCUCCCUCCUUGGGUGUGGUCCUUAUUUAUCUAAAGGGCUGAAUUCAGGAGACUUUCACCCAGGGGCAGAAGGCUCCUGGGGUGGCAGGAUGGAUAGGGCCAGGGCACAUUUUCCAGGUCCUAGGUUCUCCACUCCCAUGGCUUCUGUGGCUGUGUCAGUGACUGGACCGCACCCCACCCCUCAGCCAUCACCCUUGGCAGGAAACAGGAGCCCCAUUCCCCCGGGCUUACCCCCUGAGCCCCUGUCAGCUCCUCUCCAGGAAGGGAGUGGUGGCCCCUGGGAAGACUCCACGGGCCCUCCCACCAGGGGAAGAGGAGGAAGCUGGGGUUACCCCACCAGAGAGCCAGGCUUGUAAAGGAAGGGCAGGGCUCACAAACUCCACUUGGCACCCCCUCUCCCAAGGCUCUUCCUCCCUGAGGACCCCCACCCCACACAGCUUUUGGGCCCUAUGCCUCUCUCCAGCCUCCUCGCCUCUCAGCCCAGUGUGAGCUGCAGUCAGGCAGGGCGGGACAGACAGGCCAGAGGUCAGCAAGCGUGCAGAGGAGAGCCAGCCAGACCCCAAUCCUGUCUCUUGUCCAUGCCCUUUGUGAUUUCAGUCUUGGUAGAACUUGUAUUUGGAGUUUUGUGCUUCAAAGUUUUUGUUUUUGUUUGUUUGAUUUUUGUUUUGAGGGGGUGGGGGGAAACAGAGCAGCUGAUCAAUUUGUAUUUAUUUAUUUUAACAUUUUACUAAAUAAAGCCAAAUAAAGUCU